AUGAUAAACAACUUACUUCAUUCGAUGUUCAAUCAGGUGGACGUAUAUUUCAAUCAAAAACUCGCUUCUCCUGCAAACAACGCAUGCGCGUACAGAGCGUACCUAGAAACAUUGCUCAAUUAUGGUCUAGCUGCAAAAAAGAGCCAUCUGACUUCCGCUCUCAGGGGUGCAGAUACUGCGGGAAAAAUGGAAGAUUUGACCUCCAAAAAUACAGGCAUCGAUAUUCGUCGAUAUUAUUUUGGUGCAGGAACAACAAUAGAUCUAAUAGGUUAUCUGCAUUGCGACAUUCUCAAUCAAAACAAAUUUCUUCUCAACGGAGUCGGGAUGCGUCUUCGACUCAUACGUACAAAAGUUGCUUUUCGCCUUUUGGGCUCUGCCAGGACAUGA